ACUUUCGUUUAAGCUGAAAGGCCUCUCAGGUUUGACUGUGCACACUUCCCGUUUUCAGAAUGAGGAAAGGAGAUUGAUUCUGAUGUUGAGUUCCCUUUCCUCCUACACUCUGUGAAGGCAGCCAUCAAGGAAGAAUAAAGUCAACUUGGAGCAGACCACCACGAUGUGAUAUUCAUCUUGGUACCUUUCACAGGCUUACUGACAAAAGUUUAGACCAUCUCACCUUUCACGACGUCACUUUGUUGGAUUGAGAGUGCAAAUGCUAGCGGAGGGGUUCUUGACAUUGCUGUCUUACAAAGACACCACAGCCAACAGAGAGGAUGCACAUCCAAACAGGUCUUCUGCCUUCUGUGGACAAACAGAGGGACAACGUAAGGAUGCUGCACAAGCACAAAGAGCUCUGGAAGUAAAAGACGAAGUAGAGGAGGAGGAUUCAGUGCCAAGUCAUGUCCAUGGUGAAGAUGAGGCUUCAAACAUCCCAUCACCUUUGACCCCCAUCUCCAGCCCUGUGCUGUGCCCCAUACCUACCCCUCAGGUACCGCCACAGCUAUCUGACCUCUACACUCAGUUCUCAUCCAGUCUGGCCCCGAGGCGGGAAAACAGGAGCGAGCAAGAUGCUUACGGUGAGACUAACAACGGUGCCUCGGCAACUCCCCCGCUGGAGCUAACGGAGCAAGGGAUGGAGGUGGUUGCCCCUGACAACGGUUACCUGGUGAUGGACAGCAGCAUCACCCUCCCGGAUGGAGAGCCGUUGACCAACUCCAUGCUGAACGGCUACCUGGAGAGCAAGCUGACGGACUUGUACACUUGCUACCUCCAGGAGAGACUUGGGCUGCCGGGAACAUCUCCCAGGCUGAGCCUCCUGGCUCCACUGAUGCCUCCGGCGUAUGUAGUUCAGCGGCUGAGCCACCAGGUGGCGUUGGAGCAGGGGCUGGAGGUGGAGGAGGCUCGGAGCAUGGUGCUGGGCUACAUGCACAACCAGGCAGGAGAGAGUUGGGCGCUCAGCUCACAUUUCAGCUCUCCGGACCUGCGGAUCUCACAGCCUGAGGAAAAGAGACCCAUGUGAGAGUCACAUAGGCCUACUGUAUGUUUAACCUCCUCAGGUUAAAUUGCAAAGACAGAUGGCAAAAGCUGGAAUUACCCCUUUCUUUCUGUUACAACAAUCAUUUCAUCUUGUUCCUCAUUUCUGCCCCCAUGUGCACUUUCAGUUAGGUUGCAUGCAACAGAAACUUUGUUGGUAGUUGGUCAACUUUGACAUGAAAAACGUGUUUCAAAUGUUACAAAAGUUUGUUAA